UGACUUACAGGUACGUGGAAUCCUGCAGCUCCUACGUCUCUCUGCUCCCUCACCGUGUCACCGUCCAUGGAACACCAUGAUACGUGUAAUCUCCAGCUCCCAGGACCAUUCUGGUCGCUGUGAUCACGGUCUCUGUGACUCCCAGGAAUAUGUAAUGUUCGUCUUCUGACUCCUUUCUGCAACCUGUCAGAAUGACCGUGUCUGUGAUUUCCAGCUCCGUGUAAUCCACCAGCUCCCAAUCUCUAUGACUCCCAGGUAUAUGUAAACGUCCACCUCCCAGUCUGCUCUGCUCCCUCACAGUGCCAUCUUCUCUGUGACUUCUAGGUUUGUGUAAACCAGCAGCUCUCACUGCAUUCUGCUCAUCCACGUCGUCGCCGUCUCUGUGACUCCCAGGAACCCGUAAUGCUCGAGUUUCCACUCCAUUCUGCUCCUCACAGGAUCAACGUCGCUGUGACUCCCAGGGACCGUAAUCCUCCAGCUCACACUCCAUCCUGCUCUCUCACAGCGUCACCAUCUUUGUGAUUGCCGGAUACGUGUAAUGCUCUAGGCCCAACUCCAAUCUGCUCCCUCACAUGGUAACCAUCUCUGUGAUUUCCAGGUACGUGAAAUCCUCGGACUCCAUCUCCACUCUGUACUUUCGCAGGUUGACCGUAAAUCUGAAUUCCAGGUACGUGCAAUCCUCCAACUCCCACUCCACUGUGCUCCCCGACCGGAUCACCAGCUCUAUGAAAUCCAGAUGUUCCUACCUCUGGCUUUCUCCUUGCCCACCAACACCGUGAUUUCGAGUGGCCCGCUUUAUUAUAAUUGAAACUUCGGAGAUUUAUAACUUCUUUGUCCCUUCAAGUUUCUUUUCUGUUGUGUGAAUGAGCAAAACUAACAGGGAUCAACAGCUUCACAGUUGGGAGAGGAGAAUUUGAGAACGUUCAACUGGGACGUUUGAACAAUGGAUCAGAAUCGACGAACAUUAGACUGGAAUAUAACAACAAUGGAUAGGGGUUUAUCCUAUUAUAUUUGGUAUCUUUCUGCAUAUUAUGAUCGAUUGGCAUUAUCGGACCGGAUCCAACAUGCACUUUACAUUGUUCAGUGUGUUUAUUAUCCUAUCCUGGCUAUCGUUGGUGUCCCUGUUCUUCACGACAGAAGAUUGACCACUACUCAGACUCAAAGUCCAACCUCUUUGCCUUCAAGGAACCGCGAUAAAAUCCUUCAGGACAGCAAAUUCUUCACCUUCCGUAUUAAGGACGGUAACGACAUGACCUGCAUCUGCUAUUGAGUGACUGAGUGUGUGGGAAUUUUCGAGAAACCAUCUGGUUCUAAUGGAUGUGUGCUUAUGUGUUUGCAGAGGGACGGUUUCUUGCAUUUUGCGUCAUAUUUUUGUCAUUAAUUAUGAAUUUAUCAUUUGUCAUUUCAGCUCAAUGAAUCUCAAAGUUUGAAAAUCUCAAGAGAUGCUCAAUAAAACUGAUAAUGUUGCCUCCAGGCAUAAUUUGUUUAAAGUUAAAAAUCAGCAUAAAAUGUUUGUUUUUCUUCUCCACAGUUAAUGUAGUGACGAUCUUCGUCCUGCUUUAUAAAGAUUGUGGAUUGUCUCUAUGUGUCAGUCGUUACCUGGUGGCUAUGGCAGUGGCGGAUUUACUGGUCACUAUCCUCGACCUGAUAUUGAGACACAUUCGCAGUGUAUAUUGGGAACAGUUCUAUUUCCUGAAGUACAUCCCCGUGUGUAAUAUCCACGCCGUCCUGCUUUAUGUAGCCACUGACUGUUCUGUCUGGUUUACCGUCACUUUCACCUUUGAUCGAUUUGUGGCUAUUUGUUGCCAAAAGCUGAAAAGUAAAUACUGCUGUGAGAAAAUAGCAGCUGUGGUACUGGGAACAGUGACUGUGCUCAGCUGUUUAAAGAACAUCUUCUGGUAUUUUAUGCUUUCAGGUCAGUAUUUACUUGGUAAUAACCCCUGGUUUUGUCACAUAACAAACGAUGUUCUAUUAUCUCAUGUCUGGGCCACAAUUGAGUUCCUCCACCACAUUCUCAACCCAGCUCUCCCAUUUCUCCUGAUUCUACUGCUAAAUAUUUUCACAGUCAGACACAUUUUACUGACUAGCAGAGCCCGCAUGAGACUCCAGACAUACACCAAUGGUAACUGUCAGUGCGACACAGAAAUGCAACAUCGAAAAAAAUCCAUCACUUUACUGUUCGUGGUCUCGGCCAAUUUCAUCCUGUUAUGGUCAACGUUUAUGGUAUUUUCCAUUUGUUCCCGGUUGAGGUAUAUUGGGUUUGAGUCUAUUUCUCUAGAUUACUUUGUGCGCGAAUUAGGGUACAUGCUGCAGCUCCUCAGCUGCUGCACAAACACUGCAAUUUAUGCUGUCACUCAGACUAAGUUCAGACAGCAGCUGAAGAAAGUGCUGAAAUAUCCCUUAACCCACGUUUACUAUUCCAUCAAAUUUAUUCAUUAAUCAAUCCAUCAAGGAUUCUUUGAAUUCAAUUCUAACGUUUCAACAAUGAAGAAGCUCUUUGUUAUGGUAAUAGACUGAGAGUGGUGCUGGUUUGUCGAAACUUAUCGCAAAGUGGGUUAUCGGGUCUUAUUUCAAUGUUUCUCUCAACCUGGGGACAAUGAGAAAAGAAAUCAUUCUACUGAUUGUAUCACUUCAAUUUGUAAAUAAUAAAA